AUGGAAAAUUCAUAUCUUAUAAUGAUUCAAAAUACUUUUAUUGUAUUAAAUCAAAUAAAUUAUUAAAACAAUUAAGGAAGCUUCUAACUAAGCCAAUAAUAAACGAUCUCAAUAUAAAGUUCAAAUUUUUCUUUUAAUUAAGCAUAAAAUGGUGGAGCACUUUCUUUUAUAGGAAUAUAGUAGUCAGUUAGUUUUAUUCAAUCAUAAUUUAUUGGAAAUUAUGCUACAAGCAGCGGUGGAGCUUUAUUCUUAGCAGAUAUCGGUAAUUGCUAAAUUAUUUUUGACUAAAAUUCAAAAGUGAGUAAGAACAAGGCUUUGAUAGGAGGUGGAUUAAGAAUCAUUCAAAGUAAUUCGCUAAAUUUGUAAUUUCCUAAAAAUUUUCCUUUUAAAAAAAAUAUUUUCUAAAACGAAGCAGAAAUAUAUGGGAAUGAUUCGACGACUUACCCUUAAUAGCUUUAAUUAUAGAAUGUAUAAGGUUAAAAUAAAUAAAAUAUGUAUUAAUUUAACUUUUAAGAAAGUAAAAAUUUUAUUCCUUAAGCAUAUUAAUCUUAAUUUUCAAGAUAUGCUCAUAUAAAAGAUUUUUAGAGUGGAGGUUAGCUUAUUUUAAGAAUUUUUGUUUUAGAUAACUAUAAUCGUACUCUUUCUUUUUCUUAAGAAAAACUUCUUGGUGAACAAUAUCCAAGUGAUAUUUAGCAAGAAUUGAAAGAUAUUUAUAUCAGUAUAAAUAACUUAGAUGUACAGCUUAGUUAGUUAAUUGGAUAAAGGAUAUUAGAUUACAACUAGUAUAAUAGUACUAGUUAUGCUUUCGAAUUAACAAGUUUACAAGUUUUAGCAGGGCUCUAAUCAACUUAAUUAUUUGUUAUAAGUUCUAGCAUUUAUACUAAAUCAGAAGAAUCAUAUCCUGUAUUACUUUCUAUUUACUUCAGAUAAUGCUAACUAGGAGAAAUAAUAUAAUCUGUUACAAAUGAUAUACUGAUAUGUAAAUACUGCUAAGAAUAGACAUACUCACUUAUUGAUCCUCAAGUUUUAUUUAAAUAGUAAUUAGAUCAAAGUAAUUUAAUAAAAAAUGAAUGUAAUAUGUGCCCACCUUCUGCUUCUAGUUGUUAAGGAGCCUCUAUUAAUCUUAAAAAUGGAUACUGGAGAUCAAAUAAUUUUACUGAUUAAAUACUACCUUGUGAUCCUUAAAUUGGUUCGUGUAAGGGCGAAGAUCCUAACAGUAUAAAUUAUUGUUCUAAUGGCUACAUAGGCCCUCUAUGUUAGUAGUGUGAUAUAACAGGAGAAAUUUGGUAAGGAGUUCGUUAUCAAGAAGCAAUUAUGAAAGGUUUCUGUGAAAAAUGUGCAGGAAUCUAUUUUUAGUAUGCUUUCCUUUUCAUAAAGUUUAGCAUAAUGAUAUUAUACUUUUUUUUAAGCAUGUUUGUUUUCUUAAAGUAGUUUAGAUUUACUUAAGCUUGUUAUUAUUUAAGAAUUUUGAAAAUUUUACCAAUCUACAAAAAUUCUAUCAAUGAUUACUCUGGAUUUCAAAUUAAGAUUAUCAUCAAUUUCUACUAGCUGUCCUCUAUUCUGUUUCCCAACUCAUAAUUUAUUCCAAUUUAUUUAAGCUUUUUGAAUAAUUUUAUAGGCCAAACAAAUAGAUAAUUAUCUUUAGGAUUAGAUUGUGUAAUGCAUACUAAAUUAAUUGAGUAAUUUGCUACAGUAAAAUAAAAUCUUACCAUUAUUUUAUGA